CCAAAUUCUCUAGAACUUUCUCUCUCUCUCUACCUAAACCAUCUCCAUCCCACCACCAUACCUCCACUGUCAACACCACCGUCGCCACUUCACCUCCACCGUCGCCACCACCACUACACCGUCACCACCACAACAUCCACCACCGAUGCACCUCCACAACACCCACCACAGCUGCACCUCCACCGUCACCACCACCGCUGCACCUUCACCGUCACCACCACCACUACACCGUCACCACCACAACACCCACCACUGCUGUACCUCCACCGUCACCACCACCACUACACCGUCAAUACCACAACAUCCACCACCAAUUUUUCAACAACAAGACGAUCUUCAACAAUUGAAACAUCAUCAUGGUAACAAGUCACACAAACCCGAUCCCCAUUUCGCUUAAUUUCAUCAUCAUAUUCUUCAGUUUCUUUAUCUUGUUCAUCCAAGACGGAUACUAGUUCGAUGGUUGGUGAGGGUAGCAGAGGUUAAUGCUUGAUUUCAUAUGCAACCACUAAAUGAUCCUCUUUCAGUGAAGAAACAUCGGUCGAGUGGAAUUAUGAAAUUUAGAAGAAAUAUAUGAAAUUAAUUGUAUUUAGAGACAUAGCCAGUAUACAUCAGUAAGCGAAUUGACAUCCUUUGCAGAAAUAUCCCCAUGAUUUUCAUUAAAGUUAACUCGUCCUUCAAACGCACUUUUGUAGGAUCGUCAUCUUUCUGCUCCUUUUGUUCAGGUAGUGUUCAGAGGAAGAAUUGAGUUUGGGCAUAGUGUUUGUUGUCUGUUGGGGUUGGGUUUUGUAGGAUGUUUAUUCUUUUCUUGUCUGAGAUUUUGGGUGUGUAUCGGUUCUGUUAUGUUGUUUGUGGCUGGGACAAUUGUUGGUGGUUGAGGGUGGUGGCUGGGGAUGGUUGUUGGUGGUGGCUGGAGAAAGGUAGAUAAUUUAUAUUUAUAUAUAUUAUAAUAUUAAAAGUAAAAGUUAAUGCAUUAAAGUUGUACUCAUGUGCAUACAAGACUUGUACUUUGUGUGUAAAUGACCAAAUUACCCUCGUAGUUAACAGACUUGGUGGAUGAAGUUAGAAAUUUGGACUCAAAUGGUUAAAGAAAAUGCUUAUAGGGACUCAGGUCGUUAAACUUUUUGCUUUUGGACUCAACUAGUUAAAACCCAUAAAAGAUAGGGACUCAAAAAGUAAUUUACCCUAACAAAAUUGUAAGUGCAAUGUUGUGUGACAUUUAAGUCCCCAAAAUUGUUAGAAAACAUACAUAAGUAGCCGAAGUAAAGGAAAACUCAAACUUAAGGGACGCAAUCUGUAAAUCAAGAAACCAUCAAGGAGUAACAUCUCGCCACAAUCUCUCCGUCAAUUCAUCCGUGCUAACACCGGCGACGACGACGAGGUAAAAUGGGAACCCCAGAGACCUCUCGUGAACCAUGUCCGGACCGAAUACUAGACGAUAUCGGUGGAGCCUUUGGCAUGGGUGCCGUUGGUGGUGCAGCCUUCCACUUCUUGAAAGGCACCUACAACUCUCCAAGAGGCGACCGCUUGUUGGGCGGGGUUCAAGCGGUGCAGAUGAAUGCUCCACGCGUUGGUGGCAGUUUUGCGGUCUGGGGUGGACUGUUCUCCACUUUUGAUUGCACAAUGGUAUAUGUCCGCCAGAAAGAGGAUCCUUGGAACUCGAUAAUAGCCGGUGCUGCAACCGGAGGGUUUCUCCAGAUGCGUCAGGGACUCGGUGCCGCCUCCCGGUCUGCGGUUUUCGGUGGCGUUCUACUUGCUAUGAUUGAGGGAGCUGGAAUCAUGUUGAAUAAGCUCAUGAGUGCACCCCAGAAUCUUCCUCCGUUGGAAGAGACUGUGCCGCCUAACAUGGGCGGUGCACCACCCAUGGGACAUCUUUCUAAUCAACCUCAAGUAAACAUGAGUAGCAUGUCGCAACCACCACCACCACAACCGUCAUCGUCAUCAUGGUUUGGAGGGUUGUUUGGUGGUGGAAAAGAGCAGGAACCCGCCACGAGCAGUGGCAGCAAGACGCAGGUUUUGGAGAGCUUUGAUGCUCCAAACCCGCCUUCAUUUGAGUACAAAUGAAUAGCAGCGAGUUGGUUCCAUGAAAAUCAUUCAGGAAAGAUGUAUGAAGUCGUAUUUCUUAUUUAUUUUUUUUUUUUUUGUGAUGGAACAGGUUCAAUUGGUAGGCUCUGUUCAUAUAUUUUAUGCAAGUUUUUAAUUGUAGGAUGUUUAAUAGUUUAUGAUUGACAUAAUGAAAAUUAUCAUAUUUUAUCUAGUUUAUAACAUGCUAAUUGUAUCGGACUUAA